AUGGCGACCACGCAUCGGCGUCUUGCGCCAGCGCCUCCCAAACAGAUUGCCAUACAAAGGCCACGAGUGACCUUUUUCGACCUGCCCGCUGAAAUGAGAAUCGAGAUUUACAAGCUGGCCCUCCAGAAUGUGACCAUCCACAUAACGCCACCCAGUCAACAAGAAGGGUACAAAGCUCCCCAUGCUUUGACUCUCACGAGCAGGAAAGUCCGCAACGAGGUCUUGCCGAUGAUCCAUUCACUGUGUCCCAUUCGAUGCGACAUUACGGAAUUCAAUUUCGAAGGUUUACUAACCUGGAUGGCGCGGGUUCCCCCUUCAGAGGAGAGCAAGCUCACCAAAAACGAAAAUCUCACCAUUUGCUUCAACGCUUCGAGUCAGCCACCGCGAAGUCUGGAAAGCCUACGAAAGUGGCUUCACAUGCGCGCUGAUCCGCAUCGCCCGCAGGCGAAAUGGAAGUAUAUCGGCCCUCAACCGAGUUCGAAGGUUGCAUCCGAUCUCCGGCGGCGUGCAAAACGCAUGAAAGAGCCUGGCAAGCAGCAGGAGAUGCUUGUCAUUUUGAAAGCCAUUGGCAUUCCAUCUUGA